UUUUCGUUUCUUAGGCGAAAGAAUAGCAAAAAGGCGACUCUCGAAUUUCAAUUCGUACGUUCAAUUCACCCGUCAAGAAUGAUAAGUUAAGCAAUCGUUUUCGGAGAGACGCGAUCGCGUUAGCGAGAGGCGAGAAUGAUCAGUGACGAUACCUUGCUAGACGAAGAUCUUGGGGACGAGGAAUAUGAUCUGGGUAACGACGAGGAAGAGGCACUUCUAGCUGAUGACUAUGAAAUAGAGAGGCAGAAUAGCUAUAAGGGAGAAGAGGAAACAGAUGAUGUACUGGACUUAGGAGUCACGGACGCGCUCGACGACUUAGAUGGCGAAGACGAGAAUAUAGAGUUUAGUAGAGGCAAUACUGAUAAACAUAGCGAUAACGAUUUCUAUAAAGAUGGAGAACAUCCGAUGGAGAUACAAACUACGUCGUCGUAUUACGAGCAAGACGACGGUGCCCAGCGGUACGCGAAUGAGCAGGCAUCGCGUCAGUCUGAUCAAAACUUGGAGUCCAAUAGCGUUAAUAUUUCUAAUAAUAUUGGCAAGGGCGAUCUGCGCGAGAAGCUCCAAAGAAACGUGCAGAAGACUGUUUACGUCGGCAACGGACAAGGAAUGGAGGACGACGACUGCGAGGAGGCGAAGGAAAGGCGUAACAGAUUUCAAAACGAGCGUACAAUGAUUUCUCCAAAGAUGAACAAUGAUAUCCCGGAUACCUUAGAGAAUGUCGUCACGUCGGAACCAUCCAGAGCGCCGUUCAGAGGAAGAGGACGAGGCCGUGGAGUAAGAGGAAGCAGAGGAGGACGAUUUAACGUACAAAAUACUGGAAACUUCAAUCCAAGAUUUGGUGCGCCACGACCAGGUAAUUUUGAUCAGCCACCUGCUUGUAGACCGCCACUAAUAGAGACCAGACCACCGUGUCUCCUUGGUGUACCAAGUAACGUACCAAAUCAGCAGAUAAUGUAUCAACAGGCUAAUCCACAACAGCCUUUUCAACAGCCCUUCGGCCCGAACGGUCCAUUGCAAGGGCCACCGGUGCAAUUUGCGGAGAACAGGCCUCAGUUUAGUCCCGGACAAUUUCAGGGCCUGAUGGGACCGCGUCCGAUCGGUAGCCAAAGGCUGCCCGAGUACGGACUUAGGAAUCCUCCCUUGGCGGGAGGAUCCAUGCAAGGACCAGGCUAUAAUUGUCCGCCUAACCAGCAGCCGCCAUAUCAUCCGUCGAAUCAUCCACCGAAUCAUCCGCCGAAUCAUCCACCGAAUCAUCCGCCGAAUCAUCCGCCGAUACAACCGCCGUUUCAAAAUCCAGGCGGCGUCAUGCAGGAAAAUCGACCGAGUAUGCAGAGUAAUCAGGGAGGACCCUUGUUGCAAGGAAAUCCGGGAGGAGGAGGAGGAGGAGGAUCGCUUCUCGGUAACCCGAACUGCCUGUUACUGCCUGGAAAUCAGCCCAGUUUGUUGUUACCCGGAGGAGGAAAUCUACCAGUGUCUAUAGGCCAGGGAUUCCCGCGCCAGCAGCAACCGCUGCCAAGCGCCUCUCAAGGUCCACCUAUGCAAAAUCUACCGCCGAACGUGCAAAUGUCUAGUCAACCACCGCCCUUCGAGAACAGACUGCCGCCGCCGCCGCCACCACCGCCGCAAUUUCAAGAACCCCAAUUCGAAGGUCGGAAUCAGUACGACACAAGAGUUGGUUUUCAUCCUUCCGAUCAAGUACCCAGUAACCAAUUUAAUAAUACGAUGCAACCGGUAUCACAACAGUCGGCGCCUAAUGUACCACACAGUGUGUCUUUACCUCCAGGCCACAAGAUUCUAAUCAAUCCUCAUUUUAGAGGCACCGUUCAACCCGCGAACGAUGCUCGACUUGUUUGGGAUUCUAAUCAACAACAAACUCCAGUUUCUCACGGUGGACAGUUUUCACAACCACCAUCGUAUCAAAAUCAGGGACUCUAUAAUCAGGCCCAACAAGGUUCAUCGCAGUAUCAUCAAAACUAUCAGCAGAAUAAAAGUGACGAUCCAUACGCAUAUUUUUCCGAUGUGUGGCAAGAAAAUAGACCACAGAAGCCUCAGAAUAGCCCGAAUAAACAUUAUUCCUCGGAUAACAAUUAUUCCCGAGAGGGAAAUUACAGUGAUAAUAAAUAUAAAUUAGAUAGCCAAUGGGAGCAAAAGGAUAGUUAUCCAGAAGAUUACAGAGGCUCUCAAAAUUAUCGUGAGAGAGAUUUACCGCUACGAGCAAGGAAUGAUCAUACGCAAAGGAGCAGAACGCCACCGAAUACGUACCGUAGCGAUUCUUACGAUCAGGUUCACAAUAUGAAAUUUUCUAGACCGCCGAACAUUGCACCCCGUGGACCAAAUAGACCGCCGCAAAAAAGGAUACCUGAAUCUUUGGACAAGGGAUCGCGGGAAGUAAGUCCAAAACGCAAUAAGCCGUCUAACAGAAAUCUUCAAGAAAUACGAAGAGUGGAUACGACAAAUGAACUUGUUGCUGACAAGGAGGAAGAUAAUGAUCCGGAGAUGCAGGAAUACCGCAAGAAAAUGGAAGAGCAAAAACGUCUUCGGGAGAGAAUAUUACGCGAGAAGGAAAACAGGCGUAAGAUGGCUGCGAUGGAGAAACAAAGUGAAGAUAUCAAGAUGGAUUCAAGUACUCCAGUGAACGAAAAUACACAACAAGAAAUGAAACCUGCGUCAGCAUUGAUGGGGAUUGUAAAGGAUGUUAAAACACGCCCUGGUGUUGCUAAAGGACGCGGUCGUCCUACCAAUGUACAGAGCACAGAGGCUGCAGACAGACCAUCUAAUGUGCGAAUUGUUAGAACGAUACCAACUAUACAAACUACCGAUUUGUCAGAUACAAUCGGUUCGAGAGAUAAUACCUCCGGAUACGCAAUUAAUCAAGUCAACGAUAAUGUACAAGUAAGACAAGUGAUACAACAACCUGGCACACGAAGAGUCGUCAUACAAAAGCCUCUAUUAAAUGCUCAAAAGGUUAUCGCUACCACGAUACAGAAAACUGUCUCCAAUCUGCAAAAGAAUCAGGGACUGCAACAAAAAGUAGUGCCAAAUAUGCAAGUUGUGCAAACGCAGAAAAUCAUACAGAAUCAGGCUAAUACAUUACAAAAAUCUGGAACUGUUGGACCGAAAACCACGAAUAUUGGUCAGAGAGUGAUGACGCAUAAAACACCUGGUAGUCUACAGAAAACUGUAAUCAACGAUAACGUGAACGUUCACGGUCAAAAAGUCACAAAUACGCAACAAAAUUCUCAGCGAAUCGUGUUACAAAAAUCUGCAGUUCAAGUGAAAAAAUUACCCGAGAUAAAAACGAACACGGUUAAAUUAGAGAAUUUGGCUGCAAGCACUUCUGAGGCCCAAAUCAGACGUAUGUGUCAAGCCAUCGGAACUAUUGAGAGCAUACGUAUGGGCGAGGGUAACGCGACCAUCGUGUUUAAGACACAAUCCGCUGCCAUGGUGUUUCACAAGAAAUACCAGCGUAAAAUGCUAGAUCUAUCGCUGAUUACGGUUCGGCUUGUGCCGCAAAAUACUCUCGCCAAUAAAGUGGUAACGGCGAUCGCGAAGAAAUCUUAGAGACGAAUCUUGAAAUAGAUUCUCAGCAUAUUCUCUACGUUAAUUCCAUGUAAAUCGCGACCUCUCUUUGAUUUUUUUUCGUUUCGAGGUCCAUCAGAUUUAUUUAAUAAAUAUA